UAUAAUGGAGCCUAAUAACAACGUGCGCACAGAGAAGAAACAACUAAAAACAGUGGAUUAUUUUAAAAGAGACGGAUAUGCAGCAUAUGUUUUGACAGUUACAGUAUCAGUCCUAUGUUUCUUGAACAGUCUGUGUGGAGAUUUUGUGCAUGAUGAUAUUUUUGCGAUUCGUAAAAAUGGUGAUGUUUCGCAAAGAACUUCUCUCCUCUCUGUUUUUUCCCAUGACUUUUGGGGUACACCCAUGUCUUAUCCUACAAGCCACAAAUCCUACAGACCUUUAACCAUCCUGUCUUUUAGACUAAACCAUUACCUGAGUGAAUUCAACCCUGUCAGCUAUCACAUAGUAAAUGUGUUACUUCAUGCUGCAGUCACAGGGCUCUUUACACACAUAUGUCUGUCCGUCAUCUGUCUGUCCGUGCAGGGAGCCAUAAUAGCUGGCCUGCUAUUUGCAGUACAUCCAAUUCACACAGAAGCUGUUUCUGGCCUGGUCGGAAGAGCUGAUGUGUUGUCCGGGAUGUUUUUCCUUCUGUCCUUCCUCACAUAUGCUUGGAGUGCAAAUACCAGACUGUUACCGGGCAACACUCUCCGCUUCUCUGUGAGUAGACCGGGGUUGUUUGUGGGUAGCCUGCUGUUCGCUGUGUUAUCUAUGCUGUGUAAGGAACCAGGAAUAACAGUCCUGGGGCUGAACCUGCUGUAUGAUGUUGUUGUGGUUAACAGGCAAGUGAUUGACAGGCUUUUUCUACAUAAACGAUACAACACUGAAGCUGCUCCUUUACUCAAGAGGUUGUGUUGGAUUGGAUUUACACUAUUCGUUUGCAUGGGCUUUCGACUGUGGAUGAUGGGUGGAGAGUUACCCCCCUUUAUGGAGCAGGACAACCCUGCAUCAUUUUCCUCAUCAUUCCUGACAAGAUUUCUGACCUACAACUAUUUAGCAUGUUUCAACCUGAAGCUACUUUUGGCUCCCAUCACCCUGAGCUAUGACUGGACGAUGGAUAGCAUCCCCCUGGUGGAGGGACUUGCAGACACUCGAAACAUCCUCACAGUGUCUAUGUAUUUGGGAAUUCUGUUUGUAGGCUGUGCUGUUUCAAAGAGGAGGGAAGGCCCUAUUGCAGUUGGCCUGCUCUUUCUAUGUGUUCCUUUUGUACCGGCCUCCAAUUUGCUCUUCCGGGUUGGUUUUGUGGUGGCAGAGCGUCUUCUCUACAUUCCCAGUAUGGGUCAGUGCCUUCUGGUUGCCUAUGGAUAUAUGUCGCUAUGGAGGAGGUUUCCACGGUUACAGUGGCUAAUGGUAACCAUGAUACUACUUACCAUUGGAAGCUUUGGAUCAAGAACGUUAGUCAGGAACAACGUGUGGCAAUCCAGAGAAACACUUUUCAGAUCUGGACUGGAAUCUGUACCACGGAAUGCCAAGGUUCAUUAUAAUUAUGCGAAUUACUUGAAGGAUGAAGGUUAUACUGAACUUGCCAUCAAGUUUUCUAAAAAGGCCAUAGAGCUGUACCCAUCCUACGCUGUGGCCUGGAAUAACCUGGGCACCCUGAUGACAGAGGCCACUGAGGCAGAGAGAUGUUAUACACAGGCUUUGAGAUACCAACCCGAUCAUAUUGCAGCUCUGAUUAACCUGGGCAGCUUGCAUUUUCAGCAGGGUAGCACACAGAAAGGCUUGUCCAUGUUACGUCGUGCAGAAGCCCUGGACCCCCACGACGCUCAGAUGUGCAUUAUGUUGGGGUCUAUGUUAGCCCACCUGGGUCAGUCCUCAGAGGCAGGGCAAUACUUCAGGAAGGCCAUCCAGGAGAAGCCAGACUUUGCUGAUGCUUACAACAACUACGGGUCUUAUCUCCAGCAAACUGGUCGGUAUCAGGAAGCCAUUGAGAACUACCGCCAUGCCUUUCUCUUGGACACUAGUCAUGUGGACGCUAUGACAAAUGCUGCCCAGUCCUUGAGACACCUGGGCAGAUUAGCAGAGGCAGAGUCACUUCUCAAGAGGGCUGUAGAGCUGAGACAGUCAGCAGUAACUCUUGAUCAGUUGGGAAAGUUUUACCUGACCACUGGACAGGUCAAGGAUGCUUUGGCCAUCUACAGAGGGAUCGAGGAAAAAUUACUGAACAGAUCUGACAUCACUGGACUGAAGAACUAUGCCAAAGUUUUGGUGGAGACUAAGAAUUUAAAUGAAGCGGAUGGCGUCCUUCAUCGCGUAUUACAGGUAGAGCCUGAAGAUGUGACAGCAUUGCACCAAAUGUCUAAUGUACAGGGUCUUCUUCAGCAACAUACUCAGGGCCUAACCUAUAUAGAGAGGGCAAUCAAGGUAGCAACUGUGCAAGGAGACAAACAUGUCCUCAGUGAACUAUUGUUUGCCAAAGCCUCGCACCUGAAAGAUCUGAAGAAAUAUGAAGAAGCUCUUCUUGCAUAUUUAGACUCAUUGUCCAUCAACAACAAUCAGCCUAAAGCUCAUGUAAACGCUGGAGCCAUUUACCAUAUGAAGCAUGAAUUGAAGUUAGCCAAACACCAUUACAUGGAAACACUGAAGCUUGAACCAUCCAAUCACAUUGCUCGAGAGAACUUAGAGAAACUGGAAAAGUUAGCCAAGAAGAAAAGAGUUCCACAGCCUGGCUGAAGGAAGUGUUUGAACAGCAGCCAAUGAGAGAUGAUGUGCCAACCAAGAGGAACCUUUUGGUGGAAGCAGUAAGAAUCAGCCAAUAAAAUGCAGCGUUACAUGUGGCUGUAUGGCCAAGAGCUGAACAAACUGAGAUGUUACAUGUAAAAGGCAGCAUUUGGGUACAUAUUUAAAGGCAAAAUGAAUUUCAAACAACAUUCGGAUAGGAACUCUCAUCGACUUACAAUCAGGGAACUGAAAAACAUGCCAAGGAUGAAAACACAUAUGCUGUUCAAAGCUAAGUCAUUGUGGCAUUUUAUGCUGGGUAUCCCGUUAGGAAAUUAUGUUCUGUGAACAGAAAUAUGAAUAGAAUCUGCUUACAGGAGCAAGAUUCGAUCAACACUUCAGAGAAAAAAAUAGCUGGGGUACUUGUUAAAAUACAAACAUAUAAAAUGUCACUCUGACACUGAUCAAGACAUAGCCACAUCCAGUGCAGGCUUCAAAAAGAAGCUCAUUACCUAAGUAAUGAUGAACUAUAAUAUUGCGGUUUUGCAAAGUAGUUCAGGCCUUAAUCACCCAGUUUAUGUUCCAUAUUGGUCAACUUUUGUGUUGACCAUGCUGGCUACUUAAGAAGAUGUGAUUCUUAUAAUAAAGCUUUC